AUGAAAAUUGCUAGUAAUUUUCUACGUAAUGCAGAUUUCUUUGGAACACCUCUUUUCCAAUAAAUAAAUUAAAAAUAACACCUUUAUCGAAGUGCAAUAGGUGGAUUAAUAACUUUGGUAAUAUUUACAGCAAGUUUGUCUUACGCAAUUUGGAUAAUAUACUUAUGGUAAACAAAUCAAUUUAGCCCAAAAAUAUCAAAUUCUUUAUAUGUUUCUGAUUUUACAUAGAUUGAUUUCAACUAUGAUAUUUUAAAAAUAUAUUUCUGGAAAUAUGAUUAGAGUUUUGUAGAUCCUUUUGAAGAAAAGGUACUAUUACCAAUAAUGUAAUAUUCAAAUUAUGAUGGAUCAACUAAAAGUAGUGUAAUAAAAAUGUCAACUGAGAGAACAUCAGACGGAAAUAAAUAUUUGAUUCCUAAGUUAAACUUUGGUGAAUAAUAUUAAAAUGAAAAUGUAUUUAUUUCAUCCGAUGCUACUCUUUUAUUUAUAAUAUGUUAAGAUGAAUAUUUAGAAGAUGGAGAAUAAUGUGCUAGCGAAGAAUAAUUUGAUUAAUUUUUUUCAUAGCCAUUUAAUGUAAUAACUGUAGAAGUAACUUAUAAAUCAAUAGAUUCUAAUAAUGGUUAAACAAAGAUUAGUACAUAAGAAUACUAUUUUUAAGUAGAAUAAGCAAACUGUUAUACUUUAAAUAUUUUUCUAUAAAGCAAUUUUUAUGAGAUUAGAGAUUAUUUUCUUUUUGGAUAAUCUAAAACUAAAGAAUAUAUAAAUGGGGCAUUUAUACAAACUUAAACAAAUUCUUUUAAUUACUGUAAAUAAGCUUAUGGUAAUGAUUCAGUUGGAGUUGUAUAUAUUUCUAUGUAAGGCAAUUAAAUUAAAAGUAUUUUUGAAUAUCCUCAUGCAGGAGAUUUAUUAGCAAAUAUUGGUUCAAUUGUUUCAUUAUUGUUUAUGAUUAAAUAUAUCAUUAUUUUGCUGAAUUAACAUUUCUUAUAAGAGAAUCUUAUUCAUUCUAUUAUAAGGAUAUAUUAUCCUCAAUUUAAAAAUAUCAAAAUUUUGAGAAAUUGGAAAUUUAAGAUAUAAAAAGUUUUAAUUGAUGAAAAGAAUGUGGAUAUUAAUUAAUUCCAAACUUUUUAUUAGAAAGUAAAUGAAAAAGCAUAAAUUAAAUUGAGUUAUUUAAAUCUUUUAUAUGAAAUAUCUCGUAUAUAUUUCUUAUUAAGAUCAAUUCAUUCUAGAGAUGAUAUAAGGAAAUCCCAUUCAAUAGGAAUUAAAAUUGGUUUUCUUCAAUAAUUAGAAUGUUUAUAAGAUUCAAAUUCCAAAUCAGAUUAUACUUAAAGGAUAGAGGGUAAUUAAUUAUUAUUAAAUGAUGAAGAUGUGAAUAUUUUAUCAGUUGAAGAGAAAACUCAAAUUUAAUGUAGUGAGAAGAUUCCUGAUGAAAUAAGUAACUAAAAUGAUUUCUUCGAUAUAAAUAAAAUUGUUUGA